CCUAUUAUAAAGAUAAUCACCUGAUAAACAAAGAUACACGUAUUUGUAUUUACUUCUUUGAACAAAAUGGAUACAAUAUUCAAAAUAGCUUUGUUUUCUCUGUGUAUUCAAUCAUGUUUGAGUAUAAAAGUGACUGUUAUGGCUCCAAACAAAACUGGAUUGGAAGCUGCAAUAGUGAUAGUCCCUGAUUCGUCUAUAUCAGGAGCAGCAUAUAAACCUUUAGCUAACGCAAUACAGAUUCGAAGCGCUCUGAGCUUAUGGAUUGCAAUUUUAGAGACGAAACCAGGUUCAUUAGCAUUCCCUUUUGAAUUCAACUAUGCAUGUAACGAGUUAGUGGAUAAAGGUUUCCGUGGAGCUAAAGUAUUUCUAGCAGGCCAUGGUGAUGGAGGUCAUAGGGCAUCUAGUUAUGGCCAUUCAAUCUUCCAUAAGAAUCGACUUGAUGGAGUGCUGUUGUUUUCGUCGUUUCUCAGCGGAAGUUAUCGGCUGAACAAUUAUCCAUACCCAGUUCUUACAAUUAGUGGGGACUUAGACGGAGUAACGAGAGUAACAAAAAUGGUUGAUGCAUUCGAAGAGUUGGAAGAAGAUUUGAUACUAGCUCCAACACAAAAAUACACUACACCCGUAAUUGUAAUGGAAGGUAUGAACUAUGGACAGUUUGCAUCUGGUACCCUCCCACCAGCUGUAGCGAGUUAUGACUUGAAACCAGAAAUUUCCCAAAAAGAUGCAUAUGAUGCUAUAGCUAACUACACGAACGCAUUUAUGUUGUAUGUACGGGACACAAAUGUAUCAGAAGCAACAUCUAUGCUCGAAGAGGGAUAUUCGAAAACACAGUCGAUACUUCAACCCCUUUCACAAGUGAAAGCUCUUGAUGAUAAUGAAGAAUAUGUCUCACAUUGGACAAACACUGCUCAGCAACUGAUAGUGGGUCUUCUGGAUACCUCACUAGUAGAGUUCGAUAAUACAGAAGAAACACCAUCACAGCCUAAAUCAUUUCGAUUUCGCAAACCGCACCAGUCGGAUAUAUUAAAAAUCAACAGCUCCACUGAAGUGUAUUUUCCUAACACAGAUGGUACCAAGAUUCCUCAAAGUCCCCUACAACUUAAAGCAACCAUGACAAAUCAAAGAGCUAUUAAAUCACUUUUGCCAUCUGCACCUUUUGGUGCCCCUGCUACAUGUCAAGAUAUCAAUCAGGAUGCCUUUACACUAGCUUUUUCGAAAUCUUCAGCCACAGCAAAGGCUAGAUACCAGUCUAAAGGAAGGCCAAUACAAUUUCUUCCAGACGUCAAUGUUACAUCGAAGAACAGUUGGAACCAAUAUGGAGAUCUAAAACUUAACUACAACAUAACUGGUCUUUUUGUUCAGGCUUCACGUUAUAUAUCCACUAAACCAUCAGGGAGAGACGAUGACUGCACCUUGUUAUCGCCCUUUAGGGCAAUGGAAUGGAUAUAUGUAGAUUCUUUGAAAAAUACAAAAGAACAAACAUAUACAAAUAAUACAUGACAGUGAUAAACUUUAAAAAAAAAAAUACAUCAUCUCUAAAAAUUAACAACUUUCAAUACAUGGAUACAUGUAAUAUAUUUUUAUUUUUCACACAUUCUUAUAUUUUCUGUCAUUCCUAGUGAUUGUUGAAUGUUUACAGUUUUUCACAUAAUGUUGUUAAAGUGUGGUUUUUUAAUGUUUUUAACGCAUAUCUUUGUCAAGGAAUCCUGUAAGUCAGUGCCUGGUUUGUUGAUGUCUAUCAUAUAUGAUUUUGGUUUUCAAAUUUGAAUUGUUGUUAAUUCGCGUUUGAAUUGUUUAACAUCUUUACAGUUGACAAUACGGAGUUUGUUCUUCUUGUUUAAUGUCAUACUGUAAUUGUAAUAGCUUAUAUUUACAUUACUUGAACUCUAGUGAAAAGUUGUAUAUUAGCAACCAUGUUAAAUCUCCUUAUUUGCUUAUUCGUAACCCGGAUCUUCUUUGCUUUUGAAUAUACCCGAAUAGUAAAGGCUUUCAAAUUUGGAGGUUUAAGUGUUUUUUAUGAAUUUAAACCGAGAUUGCGCUUACGAGUGACGGCACAUGCAUUU